AUUCUCCAAACAGCUGCAGGCUAUAAUCCGACAUUUCGCAAGAAGGUGCGACCCCGUCGUAUAGUACUACCUAGUACCUAGGUACGCACUUCGUCUAGGACAGGACCUAGUGGCACUCCGUAUGAAGUUCUUACUUCGUGCGUGCACACGGCUUCGCUCCUGCCCGCCAUCUCCGCCCGCCAAGCUUCCCAAGAGCUUCUGGGCCCGAGUCUUUGGCGUGACUCAAUCUACCCUGCACUUGGCACUCUGUAAGCAGUCUGUGUUAUUACUUUUUUGCCUCUGGCCUUGCGGACUUGAUCUCUUUUCUCGUCAUCGAGCCGCAGAGUGUCUAGAAUACCUAUGCACCUUCAUUACCCACAUAAAAGCUGUCAUCGCUACACAAAGGCUGGGAUGUGCGAACCGUUGGUCUCACCUCAAUCCCACGCGCAAAAGGCCACCCGAUCACGACGGUCCUGUCAAACCGGCGAGAAUCUCACCACGGCGAUGAAUGCCAACCGCAUGCACCAUACUUUGAUGGACGCAGCCCGCAGUACCUGGUCUGUCCGGGCGCUUUGUGCCUGGCGUCUUAGGGUUACUUCUUGACAGACCGAGAUAGUAUUGCACAAGAAGGCAUUUCGGACUUGAUCAUGUCCAUCACUUGCAAAGGGGUAAACACACCAUCAUUUUGUUGCACAUUCAACUCGACUUCAUCGUCGGUCGAAUACCUUGCUCGCCUAGCCUCAUCCUACAGGUCGCCCGGCUCAUCCAGGUCAACUAUUGUUUCGAGGUAAAGGCGGUUACUCGAAGCUCAGCUGCAGAGGAAACGCUACUCACCGCCGCAUUUGACUCGGCACCAGCGAUGGCUGUGGCUUGCGAUGGCUUCGCCCUGGCGCCGAGACAACACUCGAGCUAGCUCGUUCAUCGUCAUCGCACGGUGCACUCAAACCAAGACGUGAAAACAUGAUGCCCUCUUCACUGGAUGAUCUCGUCGUGAGUUUGGUUGACACGCGAGACAGGAACUUGCCGUGGUGCAUCCUAGUUUGGUGUCGUACGUCCUGAGGCGGUUGCUUGACACAUUCGUGCCGUGUCGGUUCUGCGUCGCAAGCAUGGUUCCACGCGCUGCUAUCGCGAGCUUCAUUGAGAAGCUGAAAGGAAGAGUCCACAGAAGGCGGCGAGGCAAAAACAGGAAUGACAUCAACAUCUACGUCCCUGAUCAUUCGGCCGCGCCCGCAAAGGGCAUACUGCGCCAUUCGGCAGGCUCCAAGCUGCAUUGUUCAGUCAGCUCCUCCACACAAUCACCUAGCGAGAGACAGCAUCAUGGAGAGGCCACAGUUUGCCUGUCCGCUUUAGAACUUCUCCAGAACGAGGUCCUUCUCUGUAUCCUCGACUUCUGCUCUCCCGCUGACCGCCUAUGUCUCGCCCUCACCUGCCACUCCCUCCACGCGCGCCUCUUCGAUCGCCCACUCUCUCGCCUUACGCCCGUCAACGAGCAUCUCCUCGUCCGCCUUGAGCGUGAUCUACCGCAUCUCUACUUCUGCCGCUCCUGCGAUCAGCUGCAUCCCUGGCAGUACCACGAGCCUACGACGGCUGCUCUUGCUCGCCGUCCUCGCCGCCAGCACCGCACCCGCGACGGCAAACUGCAGGCGUCGUCCUACCUCGACGGACAAGGAUGCACCGCCAAGAAGCGCUACAGUCCGCGCUUCAACAAGGCCUACUCCCUUCCCUUCUACCUCGCCCACCUCGCCGUCAAGUCCCGCCGGCUCGACCCCGAGCUGAGCACCCCCUUGCGGCGACUCCGCUUUGCCGCUGCUCUAUCACACGAAAGUGUCAGGGGGAACCACUCUGGCCGUUGCAUUCUAGAUAUCACGGGAAGGGCCAAAGUCAUCGACAACGAGCUGUACAUGGCCGUGUCGUACGUCUGGCAUGGCGACCGUCCUAUUGCGGAGGACUUGCGGGCUUUCAUCGACAAGACGCCUCUGUUCGUGUGCUGCUCCCUGAGAACCGACGCCCACGCCGAUGCCAAAAGGCGGGUUGUGUUGACCCGUGGUCGCCGCAUCCCGGAGAUGGCGGCGCCCAGUAGGCAGGGGAGUUACUUCGAGGCUUGUGAAGACGUUGGUGGAUCGUGCGAGAGCUGUUUGACGGACUACGCAGUCUCCGUUGCCUGCUUCCCGAAUCAAGUUGGAUGGGUUGUCGCCCUCACAACAUACCAGCUGUUUGGUCGAUGUCGUUCGCCCAGUGACGAGAAGUGGAAAUUCAUGACAGGCGACAGUGUCCCUGGGCCAUGCAGGAUCGAGUUUAACCGGGCUGGCUCAGUCAAGACUAAAUUUAGACAGGCCGAGAAUGUCUGAUGCAUGUCACAUCGUCGAC